AUGUCCAAUGUGCAUACAUUGAAUGAUAUAAAAGAUAGAGAGGGUGGUUCUUAUAAAAAACCUGGUCAUUGGCUGGGUAGUGCAUAUGAGCAAGAGCUCGAAAAAAAAUUAAGAUCCAUUACCGAAUUUAACUCUGAGAUUAAUGAUCUCAGCGAAAAGCUGGUAAAUAAGUACAAUGAGCGAGAAAAGGAGUUUGAAAAUAAAGCUAGCCAGUUAAUUGCAUCUACUACUAAAGUUAGAUCCCAACUUAUUUCUGAACGAAAGUCUCAUCUCGAGAGUCAACAUGAGCUUGAAGCCAAAUAUACUGCCGAAAUCAAAUCGCUCAAAUCUAAUAUUAAAACACUAAAGAGAGAAGCAACUUUGACCCAGAAAGCUUCGUCCGCUGAUAAGGUCCAGAUUCUUUCUCUUGAAACUAAAGUACGUGAAUUGGAAGGUAAGUUGGAUGACUUGGAGCUAGAUCAGGUGCUCCACGAUUCAAAUGUAGUAGGAGGUCUAAUAGAUGAGCCGGCCCAAAUAAACUCAUCUGAUCCUAAAGAGAUCGAUUCUCUUAGGCUUGAAUUGGAGCAAGUGAGGGGUGAUUUAUCCUCGAAAAAAUACGAAAUAGAAUGUAUGGAAAAGGGAAUAGAGUCCUCAAAAAACAUAUACAAUCAGAUGAUAGAUUCUUUAUUUUUAACGCGGUCAAAUUUAAUAGAGGCAAAUAGGUCCCUUAGGGAGCAGUUAGCGUUAAAGGACAAUAAUGAAGUAGAUCGUCCACCCCCGCCUAUAAACAAUUUAAAAGAAAAUGAGAGUGAACAGGUCCCAAAAGAAUUACAACUUUCCGCUCUUAAUCCUCCACCCUCCCAAAUAUUUUCCGCAGGUGGUGUAGAAGCGGUGUCUUUACCAGCAACUGCUCCUAUCGUCACGAGCUCCUUGAUGUCGCCUAUGUUAAUAUAUUUUAUACUUACCCUAGUACUUAUUACGAUUAUAUGGUUUAUGGCCAGGAAAUGGUGGAAUUCGCGGAAAAAAAGUAAUAUUGAAUAUUCUCCUUACCAGAACUAUUUUUUAUCAUCUCCGGGCAUUUCCGAGGCCGAACUGUAUGAUCGGAGGCGCCUUGUCGGAGAUAGAAAUUGA